AUGGCGGAAGUCAUCCCGGUGACGGAGUUUCCAGACUAUGCCGUCGACCCGACGGGCGGCAACCCCAUUACACAUGAUCUCAAUGCACCAUACGAUAAGGGCGACCUCUGCUGGGUCCUCGUGUGUACCAUCUUGUGCUGGCAGAUCACGCCGGCCAUCGGCUUCCUCUACGCCGGGAUGCACCGGAGGAAGGCCGCGUUGACAAUGGUCCUACAAUCUCUCUUUUGCGCUUCUGCCUGCGGCCUGCAGUAUUGGAUAUACGGUGCCUCGCUCUACCAGUCCCGGACGACAAACCCGAUCCUCGGCGACAUGUCGCUUGCGGCCUUCCACAACAUCCUAGCCUCCCCUUCUUUUGCCAACAGCGAUGUUCCGGAUAUCCUCUAUGCUGCUUUCGGGUUCACUUUCGUGACGGCGACGGCCAUGAUCUUGGCCGGUGCCAUGCUUGAGCGCGGCCGCCUCUGGCCGAGCAUGUUUUUCCUUCUCUGCUGGACGACCUUCGUCUACUACGUCCUGGCCUACUGGGAAUGGAACCCCAGCGGCUGGCUCUACAAGCUGGGUCUUUACGACUUCGCCGGGUCCGGCCCAGUUCACAUCGCCAGCGGUUUCGGGGCUCUCGCCUGGUCCAUGAUGCUAGGCCCACGCAUCGACGACAGCGGCAACGGCGGCAACGCGACGGAGAAGAGGAGGCGCGUCCCGCACUUCAAGGCACACAACCCGCUCCUCAUGACCCUUGGAACCGUCCUGAUCUGGUUCGGAUGGUUCGCCUUCAAUGGCGCCAGCACGGCGAACCUCAGCCUGCGGUCCGUCUACGUUGUCGUGAACACCAACUUCGCCGCCUGCGGUGGUGGCGUCACUUGGGUCUUGCUGGACUACCUCUAUAUCAAGAAGUUUAGCCUGGUUGGCUUCUGCUCCGGCAUCAUCUCAGGCUUGGUCGGGAUCACUCCGGCAGCCGGGUUUGUUCUCGUUUACGUGUCACCGGUGGUCGGCAUGAUCACCGCCGUCUGCUGCUUCUACACGGUCCGCUACCAGCACUUCCUCCGCGUCGACGACGGCCUCGACAUCUUCGCGAUCCACGGCGUCGGCGGCUACGUCGGCGACGUCCUGACCGGCUUCUUCGCCCACAAGAUGGUCCCGGCCCUCGACGGGGUCAGCGGCGACACGUACGCGGGCGGUUGGUGGAACGGCAACUUCCGGCAGAUGGGCCUGCAGCUGGCCGGCGCGACGACCUGCGCCGCCUGGUCCUUUUUCGUCUCGUGCAUCCUGCUGUUCGCCAUCAACAGGAUCCCCGGGAUGCACCUCCGCGCGAGCGAGGAGGACGAGAUGCGCGGCCUCGACUUUGCGUACAUCGAGGAGGCCUUCUCGGACUACGACGACGGCAGCCUGUUGAUCCACAACGGCCAGGCUGUGGAGACGGGAGCUCCGGCGAGCUUUUCCAAGAGCUCGUAG